CUUCUUACCUUCCCAUCUAGACACCAUGACAAACAACGGCGGCGCAGGCUACGAGUACCCCCCUCAGCCCGUUACGUGGCUGAAGCGCGAUGCGCUCCUCUUCGCCAACUCGAUCGGCGCGACCGCCGACGAGCUCCACUUCCUCUACGAGCUGCACCCCAAGUUCCAGGUGUUCCCGACCUACCCCACCAUUCUUCCUUUCAAGAAGACCACUCCUGAGGUUAUCGACUUCUACGCCGCCAAGGAGUCUGCCGUCGUCCCGGGCCUCCCCAAGCUCGACGUGCGCCGCGUGCUCGACGGCCAGCGCCACCUCAAGUUCCUCAAGCCGCUCCCGCCUACGUCCGAGGGGCGCAAGUUUGAGCUGCGCAACAAGAUCACGGGCGUGUGGGACAAGGGCAAGCCCGGCACCGUGAUGGACACGCAGGCGAACCUCGUCGACGCCGAGACUGGCGAGGUGUACACCGAGAUCCACGGCUCAGCGUUCUACGUCGGCCAGGGUGGCUGGGGCGGCCCCAAGGGCCCCGCCGCCGUCAACUACCCCCCGCCCAAGGACAAGGCGCCGGACGCGACGUUCUCGGACCAGACCGACGCCAUGACCCCCAUCCUGUACCGCCUCAACGGCGACUACAACCCGCUGCACAUCGACCCCUCGAUCGGCGAGAAGAUGAACUUCGGCGGCGUCAUCAUUCACGGACUGUACUCGUGGAACGCGACCGCGCACGGCCUCCUCAAGGCGCUUGGCGGCAGCGACCCCGCCAACCUCAAAGAGUACCAGUGCCGUUUCGCAUCGCCCGUCAUCCCAGGUGACAAGCUGACCACCUCUGUGUGGCGCAUGGGCAAGCCCGACGCGAACGGCUUCGAGGAGGUCCGCUUCGAGGUCAAGAACCAGAAGGGCAAGGUCGUGCUCUCCAACGGCCGCGCCGUUAUGAAGGUUGUCGGCGGAGACAAGGCCAAGCUUUAGGUAAAACAGGAAGAAGCAUGUAUUGGGUGUCAGCGGG